AUGGUGAAGAUCCACUUAUGUAACCCGACAACGCGAGAAAACAGAGUGAGACAGAGAAAGUGCGACAGGAACGGAGGAUUAAGAAGGCGAGAGAUUGAAAGGGGGAUGUCGGACCCGUACGAGAGAGCGAAAGGAGGGAGGCUGACCUUCAAAGGAGGCAGUCUCGCCACUCGCAGCAAACCAAUCGACAAGAAGAAGAAGAAAAAGAACAAACACAAAGCCUCAGACGACGUCGCAUCAGAAGAACAGAUUCUAGGGGAGGAGGAGCUGGAGGCCAUUGGUGAUACUAUUGAGGUCCCAACUACGGCGGCGGAGGGAGGAGAGAUAUAUACAAUCGACGCCGCAAAGCGAAGGAAAUAUGAAGAUUUGUUCCCCGUUGAGGCCAAGAAAUUCGGUUACAAAGACCCACAGAAGACCAAUUUUAAGUCCGUGGAGGAGGCUCUCGAUGACCGUGUCAAGAAAAAGGCUGAUCGUUACUGUAAAUAAACUUAAGGU